AUGUCUUCGUCUUCUUCUUCUUCUUCUUCUUCUUCUUCUUCUUCUGCUUUAACAACUCAAAGACUUCUAACUCUUAAGAUAUCAACCGGCGAGAUCUUCACCAUCGAUGCCGCAGCAGCUGCAGCCAGGUUUUUGUCCUUCAAGAACAUGGUUGAGGACUGCUCCACCGACACCGUCAUCCCGGUGCCGAACGUGGACGGUGAAAUCCUCGCCAUGGUGCUCAAGUGGUGUGAGAAGCACAGCGAGGAGGGCGACAAGAAGGAGCUGAAGAAGUGGGAUGCCGAUUUCGUCAGGGACUUGGACCAGGCGGUUCUCUACAAACUCCUCAUGGCGGCGGACUAUCUCGGUGGGCUCGAGUUGAUCGAUCUCUUGACGCAGAAGGUGGCCGACAUGAUCAACGGCAAGAAGGCCGAGCAGAUCCGCCGGACAUUUAACAUUCAGAAUGAUUUCACGCCCGAGGAAGAGGAAGCCAUACGUAAAAAGAAUGCAUGGGCAUUUUAUUAG